GUGAUUUGAUUUAUGACAGAAUGGAUAGUGAAGGAUGUAGAUUUUAUGCCGUCUGUAGUCCAACAUGCAGUAUUGAACGACACACUGGGGAUUGCAUAGUCACUCUUCCACCAAGUACUACUUCCUCUGUGUGGUCUACUGUAACAACAUCAGUUCCUCUGCCUUCCACUUCUACAAAUGCUAUUUUUCAUGGUUGUGUUUCCAGUACUUACCCCCCGUUACAACCUGGAGAAAGAUUCAAAUUAUCCAACUGUACMGAAGUCAUCUGUAAUGGAGACAACGAUAUAGCCGUAGUACCAACAUACUGCCCACCUGUAAAGGAAAUUACCUGUGCAAACAAAUAUCCACCAAUUCUGGUACCCGAUGAAAAUGGCUGCUGUUACCGAUAUGAGUGUCAAUGUGUGUGUAGUGGAUGGGGUGAUCCUCAUUACAUUACUUUUGAUGGAACCUAUUACACCUUCCUUGAAAACUGCACUUAUGUCCUGGUGAAACAGAUUGUCCCUAAAUAUGACAACUUCCGUGUUUACAUUGACAAUUAUUACUGUGAUGCAAAAGAUGGACUCUCCUGCCCUAAAUCCAUUCUAAUUUUCUACAAAUCUGCAGAAAUAGUGCUGACUCGUGAACCCAUGAAUGGCGUGAUGACCAAUGUGAUGUACUUCAACAACAAGAUUGUCAAACCAGGCUUCAAAAAAGAUGGAAUUUCUUUCUCCACUCUUGGCAUCAAUAUGAUUGUUGAAAUAGAAGAACUUGGUGCUAUCAUCACCUUUAGUGGUCUGAUUUUCUCUGUGAAACUCCCAUACAGCAAAUUUGGCAACAACACCGAAGGACAGUGUGGAACAUGUACAAAUAAUGUAGAAGAUGAAUGCCGCUUACCGAGUGGUAAGAUAAUUUCCUCCUGUCCCCAAAUGGCUCAUCACUGGAUUGUUGACAACAACAAGACAUGCCAUGGAAUACCAAUAAUACCAGUUGUAACCACACCUCCGCCAAAGCCUCACUGUCAAACACCUGAGCUCUGCAAGCUUAUCUUGAGCGAGAUUUUUGCAGAAUGUCAUAAAGUGAUACCACCACAACCAUUUUUCCAAGGCUGUGUUUUUGAUGGAUGUCGCAUAGAUGAUGAAUUCAUGCAGUGCUCCAGUUUGGAGAUAUAUGCUACUGAGUGUGCUGCUAGAGGUGUCUGCAUUGACUGGAGAGGAAAGACCAACAAUACAUGCUCAUUCAGCUGUCCAUCAAGCUUGGUAUACAAGCCAUGUGGGCCCAUUAAUCCUGUUACCUGUGACCAAAGUUUGCAGGGAACCAAACGGAAUGUCCAGAUGGGACAGGGCUGUGUAGUCAAUGAAACCUACUAUGCACCUGGAGCUGCCGUUCCAUCAGGUCCCUGUGAGGAAUGCAGCUGCUCCGAGCUCUCUCCGUCACAGCCUCAUGCCACGGUCGCRUGUGAGCCCGUGAUCUGUGACACAUACUGCCCGCUGGGCUACCAAUACAUGGUGGAACCCGGGCAGUGCUGUGGCACGUGCAAGGCCACGGCCUGUGUAGUGACUGUGGGAGACAACAUUACACACGUGCUCCAUGAAGGAGAAUACUGGAACCCACCUGGUGAUAACUGYACUGUUUACACAUGUGAAAAACAUGCUGACCAGUUCAUUCAAGUUGUCAAAGAGAAGAGCUGUCCUGCCUUUAACCCUGAUGAGUGUGAUCAAGAUGAUGUCAGGUUAUCUGAGGAUGGCUGCUGUUUAGUGUGCCGAAGAAUACCAAAACUUUGUAUGAAGCACAACAUGACUACURUCAUCAACUACAAUGGCUGUGUAUCUCCUGCACCUGUUGAAAUAACAUACUGUGAAGGCAGCUGUGAUGCUUACUCACGGUAUUCUCAAAUGACAAACACAAUGGUGCACAAAUGCUCGUGCUGUCAGGAAAUCAAGACUAGCAAAAGAAAGGUGACUCUGACGUGCAGUGAUGGAACCUCCUUUGAUCACUCCUACACCUACGUGGAGAAAUGCAGCUGUGUGGGUGCUGAGUGCAUUACCCAAGACAACACCCAACAGCAGCAGACACAGCAGAUAAAGACCUCUCAGGAACAAGCAAAUGUUAAAAACUAG